AUGAUUCGUUGGAUCUGCAAUGCUGGCCCCGCGGGUGUUCCGCUUACGCUCGCGACAAUUCGGGACCAUGUCGCGCUCAUGGCCCGCGACAUGAAUCUGCCAGACACGUUCCAGUGCUCCGUGGGCUGGGUGCGCCGCGCUUUGAACCGCCACGACGUAAGGUGCAUGCGAGCCGUCGGCGAGGCUGCCGACCAGGUCCUCGUUGCCGUCCGCACAUGCAAGGAGAAGCUUCCGCAGCUUCUCAUGCAUCUUGCGGUUUCGCCAAAGAACACCUUCAACUUUGACGAAACCGCGUUGUGGAUCUCGGCGCUGCCGCGCAAGACCUACGGGACCACGCGCGUCGCAGGGCGGAAGGUGGCGAAGGAGCGCUUGACGGUCGGCUUGCUCGUCAACGCCGACGGGAGUCACGUGUUCCGCCCGUUGGUGAUCUCCAAGUCGGCGCGCCUUCGGGAUUUCCGCCCCGACUACGACCCGAACGAGCUCUGCUACUGGCGGAACAAUGCAAAGGGGUGGAUGACGUCCGCGCUGAACGCUGCUAUGUAUGCGGAGGAUCGCCACAUUGUCAUAUACUUGACAAUGCAAGCAGUCACUCACGUCCGCCUCGUUUUCCUGCCGCCGAACACGACUUGCUUCACCCAGCCCCUCGACAAAGGCCUCAUCGCGAUGAUGAAGGCGAGGUACCGGCAGCAUUGGCUCCGGGCUUACACGGCGGCGUGGAACGCGGCAGGCUCUACCGCGGAGAUGGCGCGCUUCAAGCCCAAUCUUCGCAACGUCGUCGCCUGGCUGUCGGAUGCCUGGAUGAACGUCGGCGCGCGCACCAUCCAGCGCACCUGGUGGUGCACCGGCUGCCUCCCUCUUGCGUGGGCGAUGUCCAUGCCUCACGUUGAUCACGCCGCCGCGAACGGGAGCAACGGCGGGAACGCGGGGACCGACAUCGACCUCGAUGAGGAGAUCGGCGACGUGGGCGUCCUCAUCGACCGCCUCGCGCUCGGCCCGUCCGCCAUGCCGGCCGCCGAGUUCUUCGCCAUCGACGAGCAUAAGCCGACGUGCGCGGAGCCGGGCGAGGACCCCUUGUCGCACGAGCCGACUAUCGCGAACGCGGCGGACACGUGGGAGGCGCCGUCCACCAUGCAGGAGGUUUACGAGGACGACAACCUUGCAACCCGUGAGGCUCGGCGCACGGCCCGCGCGGCAAGCGAAAUGCUGAUCAGCUACGCGCGCGCGAUCUGCAUCUCACCGCGCGAUCUGUGGGCGCUCUUCGACAUCCGUAACCCGAUCAUCGUGUCGCGCAUGGAGCGCGCAAGUUCGCUUUCCAGCCUCAACAACCCUCCGCCUCCGGCACCGGUGCCAGCCGCCACGGCCGGGGCCGCGACUACUGCUCGCCGCGGCCGUGUGUUGCCUGCGUGGAUGACUCAGCCACCCUCGACCCGUGAGCAGCUGAUGGAGGGUGGCGUCACUGCCGUGAUGAGCGGCUACGUUAACGCCGCUGAGUGGGUUCGUAUGUGA